GCAGCAGGCAGCAGGCACCAUGUCCUCUCAAGUUCAAUCCUCAGACCCCAGAGCCAAGGACCAGCAUGCCUCGGCCGCAGAGAGGUCACCCUUAGAGGCCAGUGCUGAAGCUAUUCACUUCCUCAACUCCCUCGGGAAGGAGGAGCUGCAGAUGCUGUUCUUCUCCGAGACUCUGGCCAUGGUCUCGAAUACAGGAGAGCCUCAGGGAGAGCUGACCAUCGAGGUGCAGAGCGGGAAACUAAAAGACAAGUUCGACGUCGUGUCACACUACCCCUUUGUGCACGCCUCCUGCAGAGGCUUCAUGGACAAAACCAUCUGCGGAAACUCUGUCCGAGGCUAUCUCUCGUGGAACUUGAGGACCAUAGAACAACAUAGUCAAGAGUUCAUCAAGUUCCACAUCCUCCCCAUGGAACGGAAGAUGAGUUUGCUGAAGGAAGAGGAUCGGCUGGUCAUGAACAGAAGUAUCAAGGAGGGUGAGGAAAUAAAAACCGAAGUGACUUUUAUCCCCUGGGACUCAACCGUGGGCUUCAUCUCCGAGGCUGCCAACCUGCUGUUGCUGAGGGUGAUGGCCUGGCGGCAGAUGGUACCCAACAAUGCCCGUUUCCUGGCCUUGGACACAGAGGGCAAACUCUGCUAUUCCACCUAUCAAGCCCUAGGCUCCCAGACCAUCCAGGUAGACCGUCAGCAGGCGGAAGUGUUCAUUGUGGAGCAGACUGUGCACUCAGAUCAGGGCAUCCCCACGUCCUGCCAGUUCUACCUGCUGUCUGAUGGGCAUCUGGCCAAGAGAAUCCAGGUGGGCUCCCCUAGCUACUGCUUGAUCACCAAGAUGCCCAGCUUGAGGGAGGAGGAUGAGAUGGAGCCUCAUCCGGUAUUUAAGAAGAAGCCCCUGAUGUGGGAGGAGGACAUGGAGCUCUACUCGAAGUUCCUGGACCGGAAGGAGCAGCUGCGUCUCAGCCACACCAGAUAUCUGCAGCAGCACCCCGACGCCCAAGCGCUUAUCUCGGACUUCCUGCUCUUCCUGCUGCUGCGCCAGCCGGCCGACGUGGUCACCUUCGCCGCCGAGCACUUCGGUCCCUUCGCCAUGCACCGCCCGCCCUCCCCGGCCUUGCGCUCCUCCAACCGACGCAGCCCCUUCCGCACGUUUCACACGGAGUCCAGCUAGACCCGCGGCGCGGCGCGCCGGGCCCCCGGGCGGGUACUGGGAAGGAAGCGGGGUGGCGGGUCUGGGACACCGCCGCACCCAGGAGGCGCGCCUUCCGGAUUGCGGUUUUGAUGGAAAUAAACGGAGCCCUCCAGGGAGUGAGAGCCAGAACCUUCUUCCUUGA